UACUUAAGUACGUCUUCUCACAACGCCACAACAAGUUUUAUCUUCUUAUCACACACGAAUCAUGGACGGAAACAUAAGGAGGACUGGGACCAAAAGAUGCAUGGCUUUGGGCAUCAACAUCCAUGCCUAGACACAGUGAUCACGGCACGCCGCGCCUGUUGGACAUGCAUCUCGCUGCAGCGAAGGCAACAGUAAUGCACCAAUUCUUCCAUCUGGCAUCUAAGCAAGCAAUAAUAUGGCAGGUUGGAAAUCUGGAUUGGUCUGUUGGUUCUCGAUGCUGCAAGCUGUUGCCGCUGAAGCGCUGAUUUGCUGACCCGCUGCCGGAGGCCAUCAAUCGACUCCACACACACUUGCAAGUUGUGUUACCCAACAGAUGAGCCAACAGUAGCAAAAGUGUGCUACAAAAGGAGAGGGUUUUCUCGUCCGAAAGCUGUCGAAAGUUGAUCAGGCUUUGCCACUCAGGCUUCUCCUCUGCAUAACCUUACUAUGUCCGAACAGACUUUCCAAAUCGACCCCAAUGGGGACGUUAUACUGGUUCUUCGCAACCCUAACGCUCCCUUUGCUAUUUGGGACACAAGCUUGUGCUCUGGCGAAGAGAAUGCGACGAAACUCGGCCCGGCAGUCGAUACCUUGGGCUUGUUUUGCAAUACACCGAAAUUUCAGUUUAACGUUAACUACCCAUUGAGAUGGACCACGGUACUCCAAAAUGAACCCGAAUCGACGCCCCCUGACAGCGAUGGCGACUGGGGGACGCUUCGGAGUCGCAAAGCAGCGAAGAAGAAGAAGAAUAAGGUGAAGAAGUCACUGCUGUUUGAGGAUCGCCCGGAAGCUCGACAAAAUAUUGAUCCUGAGGUGCCAAGUGUUGACUUCAUAUCCGCUGGUCCCUCUGAGUCUAGUGGUAACCAUGCUCCUGCCUUAAUAGAGGCUGAAGAGGCUACCGAAGUGACAGAGGCGUACGAAGAGCCGCACCCAGAAGUAUCCCGAGAGUCAGAGACGGAGGCAGAGUUAGCGACAGAGCCAGAGGCGCCCAAUGAGCCGGUAGCAAAAUAUCUUGUAUCUUCGAGGCACCUGGCUCUAGCAUCUCGCUACUUUUCGGCCAAGCUUUCUGGCCCGUGGAAAGAGGCUGCAGUCAAACACAUUGAUGGCUGUUAUCACAUGGACGCAACAGAUUGGGAUUCCGAGGCAUUGCUUAUUUUGAUGCAAGUCAUCCACGGAAAGACACGAAGUGUGCCCCGCCAGAUGGAUCUCGAGAUGUUGGCAAAGCUAGCGGUGCUUGUGGACUACUACGACUGUCACGAGGUCACCGAAAUUUACUGCCCUGCGUGGAUUGGGCAUUUGAGAAACAAACUACCAGUAGAUUACGGUAGAGACAUGGUUCUCUGGGUCCUGAUAUCACAUGUUUUUCAACAAGACGACAUCUUCCAACAAAUGACACAGGUGGCAGUGUUGAAGAGCGCCGGCCCUGUUCGAACAAUGGAACUUCCAAUUCCAUCUAGCCUCGUUGGUAAGGUCUCUGCCGUCGAUUCUCUUUUCAUUGUCGCUGAAAUUGUCGCAGAGUUGGUAGAUUGGCGCAGACAAGAUGCAGUUGAGUUUAUCUUGGAAGUGCUUCACAGGCUGCUUGACUCGUUCCGAAACGAAACUGCCGGUUGCAGCUUUGAAUGCAGCAGUAUUCUUCUGGGUGCCCUUACCAAAGAAAUGGACAAGCACACGCUACUCAAUCCUAAGCCAGCAAAGCCUUACUCAGGAUUAUCCAUUUUGGAUACGGAGAAGAUCGUCCGGGCCUUUCGUUCCCCAGUAUGGAGUAGCGACUUUUCUUAUAGACAUUCAGCAAAGCACUCGUGCAAUCUGCUCAGCAUGAUAGACUGUUACCUCAAUGCAGACUUCGACAAGAACAAAACAGGCUUUCACCUGUCUGAAGUUUUUUUGCAGCAUAUCAAUGGGGAGGGGAAACGUCUGGAAAAAGGGAAGACGAAGUCAUGUUAUUAA